AUGAUAUUAUUCGUCAAUGAUUGCAAUUGCCGUAUAUGGCUUCCCGUGUUCUCACUCCACAAUCCGCAUUCGGCCGCCUUCAACUCAUUGUACAUUCUUGAGAUCAUUUGCUCAUUAAUCGUGUGCGGAUUAGUCAUCAAAACGAUUCGCGCGGUUUAUUCAAGUGUCGUGUUUCAUCGAAAUUUGAAUCAUAUUUUGAUGUGGGACAUUUUUAUAUGGUUCGAGUCGCUUCUAUUCAAAUUUAUCUCGUUAUUCUAUGUCAGCGGAUUCGUGCCUUCAGGAGUCGCCGAGAAUCACUCGCAAUUCUGGUAUUCCGACGACGCAUCGCUAUUCCCGACGAUCGAAACCCUCUCAAAUAUUCAACCCCUCAAUAUCGCCUGCAUUCUCCGAUGGCACUACCUCUACACAAUCACCACAUUGUUAUUCUUCCUGGCUUCCGAGAGACUAUGCGCUUCAUUUUUUAUUUUAGAUUACGAGAAAAAGCGACGUAGUUAUAUUUUCUAUUCGCUUUUCGCAUUUUCCAAUGCGUUCACACUACCAAUGACAUAUGUCACAUUUUUUAAUUUGGCCUCGUUUUGUCCGCUGUUCUCGAUUCUUGUGGCUUCGAAUUCGAUCGCGCUUGUGAUGUUCCUGUUCAACCGAAUAUUCAAUAAAAAGGUUAUCAAGAAAUUCAAUAAUUGCACCACAACAUAUUCAUUGGCAAUGCGAUUUCAAGCAAGGGAAAAUCUCAAAGCAGCCAAGCUAAUUCAGCGCAUAAUAAUUGCGGGUUUUGUUUUAUUAGCAUUCGGCUUCAUCAUCAUAGCAUUCAUCGUAUUCGAGUGGAUUCCAUCGCUCAAAUCAAUUAAUGUAUUUUUCUUAGAAAUCGUCGCUCACCUCAAUCCGUUAUUUCUGUGCCCGCUGGUGCUGCUCUCGAUGCACAAAUCGGACACGGCGCCGCUCGGCUCAAUUCAAGCGAAGAUGUCAAGUCAAAACGAGGUCGAUAUUUAUUUCAAACAAUUGAAAAACGCUUGGGAAUGA